CAAUCGAUCAUCCCGCCAGACGAGGGCGCUGUAUCCUCCUUCACCAGCGACCAUACUGGCACGGCGGAUGGUGGAUACCUGUGGAGUGGAGGAUGUGCGCCGGUGUCUGUCCGUUUUCACUGGGGUUAACGGAGAGCACAGGCGGGACUGAAGUGCCUCUUCUCGCCCGUAUGACGAAGCGGAGUGCCGAGAGCGCCUCGCCUUUCUGCUCUGUGCCCGAGAAGAAGCGCUGCCGCUCUGUCUGCAGCAGCGCGGACUCGCCGCUCUCCUCCCCGCCUCCGCUGCGCCUGUACCCGGCUUUGUCGGACUCCUCGCCGCGCCGCAGAAAGAGACCGAGCCGCCUUGACCCGCUCGAGAAUCUCCCCGAGCCGAAAAAGGCGCAUGCUGCCCGACAACCUUCACUGCAAACCGCCGCCGAGGACUGUUCUGGAAGAUUCGGCGAUGCGAGCGGAGCGGCGGGUCCGGCCAAACCGCAGGCUAAACGGCAGAGAGAGGAGAAGGACCCGUCUGACACGGACACGCCGGAGGAGCCCACUGAGGUGAUGCACCGUGAUGAUGAUGUCAGCGACGACCUUCUUUGCGCCUUCAACUCGUUCCAGUUCUGGAGGGCUCCUCUCCCAGAGUUAGACCUUUCCCUCUUGGACCCGCAGGUCAAGGGAGACGCUGCUACCAAAGGCUCCACAGAAGCCAUGGAGACGUGAGGCAGAUUCUGUGGUGAUGCCCAACCAUGUGAGCCCCUGGUAGCCAGUUUGUGAGCCUGUCUGUCAUGUGCGGAGUACCAAAUGUUUUCGGACGAGGCCCAAAACUCUGCACAGGUCUAUGCAUGGACGGACUGGAGGCGUGUUGGCAAGGCUUGCUGUGUUUUGACAGCAAGUAUUUAUCUUAUGGAUGUUGAUGCCAUAUUUCUUUUUCUUUUUUUCUUUUUUACAGUCUGUUAUGAGGGCAUAACAUGCUUUACUUGGUUUAAUCGAAUAAUUUUCUUCUAGGUCGGUACUGCAAAGUGAGUUAGCCAAGUGAAAGUCGCAUUUGACAGUGUUACAGUUUAAGGGGUUAAUGUUCCAACUGCUGGCGUUUUAGCUGAGCUGAAUUUUCAUGGUUUCCGUUGUUCCCUUUCUUUAAAUACAUAGCUAUCAGAGUUUAAAUCUUUCUUGUCAUGGUAUAAAACUGAUUGCAUACCUUUUUUAGUGUCAGAUCAGAUUUUGCAGUGCUUCCUUCUUAAUCUUAAUGGCUGUGACCAUGAAGAGUGUGUGGGUGACCGUUUCUCACUGGUGAGAUCACAUUAUUUCCUCUUUAUUAUAUGCUGUUAAUGUACUACAAACCUAUUUUCUGCUGUUGUUUCACAGCAAUAAAAUUUGAACUUUUCCAUA